ACGCCGGCCCCCGCCGCCUCCGCCUCCCCCGCCGCGGCCGAGCCCUGCGCCCCAUGACUCCCGCCGGCCGGCGGCUGCCCCGGUGCCGAUAAGGCGGAGGCGGCUCCCGUUGCCUUCUCCUCGCCUCUUCUCGGAGCUGUCGCCGAGCCCCCUCUCCCCACGGCGGGCCUCUGCCCUCCCGCCGCCUCCAGCCAUGACUUCCCUGACCCAGCGCAGCUCCGGCCUGGUGCAGCGCCGGACCGAGGCCUCCCGCAGCGCCGCCGCCGACAAGGAGCGGGGAGCGGGGGGCGGCCCGGAGGAUGAAAGCCGCCGGGACGAGUCCGGCGACGACGAGAAGGGCGACUCCAAGGAAACGCGGCUCACCCUCAUGGAGGAGGUGCUGCUCCUGGGCCUCAAGGACCGUGAGGGUUACACAUCAUUCUGGAAUGAUUGCAUCUCCUCGGGAUUGCGUGGCUGUAUGUUAAUCGAAUUGGCAUUGCGGGGGCGUCUUCAGCUAGAGGCUUGUGGAAUGAGGCGCAAAAGUCUACUAACAAGAAAGGUGAUUUGCAAGUCAGAUGCUCCUACAGGGGAUGUUCUGCUCGAUGAAGCUCUGAAACACAUAAAAGAGACCCAACCUCCUGAAACAGUACAAAAUUGGAUUGAACUGCUUAGUGGUGAAACUUGGAACCCAUUGAAAUUGCACUACCAACUACGAAAUGUCCGUGAACGGUUAGCUAAAAAUCUAGUGGAGAAAGGUGUACUGACAACAGAGAAACAGAACUUCCUUCUUUUUGACAUGACCACACACCCUCUCACCAACAACAACAUCAAACAGCGCCUCAUCAAGAAGGUUCAAGAAGCAGUUCUUGACAAAUGGGUGAACGACCCUCACCGCAUGGACAAGCGCUUGCUGGCACUUGUUUAUUUAGCCCAUGCUUCGGAUGUUCUGGAGAACGCUUUUGCCCCUCUGUUGGAUGAGCAGUAUGAUUUAGCCACAAAGAGAGUGCGGCAGCUUCUGGAUUUAGACCCUGAGGUUGAAUGUAUGAAAGCCAACACGAGUGAGGUUCUGUGGGCUGUUGUAGCAGCUUUCACAAAAUAACUGCGUUCAGACUGAAGUGUUCUCUCUUCUUUCAUGUAAACCAGUUGUUUCUCUUCUAUUGACUAUUCAUGUUUUCUGUAAUUUGUACCUUCUCACAUGACGAAUCGGCUCUUGUUUAAUGGGAAUUAUAAGUGGUGUAUUCCCUCCUUCUCUGUGUAUCUGUAUACAGGAUUCUGCUGGUACAAGAGACCUUCCUGUUUAAAAACAACAGAAAAAGGUUUUCCUGCCAUAUUGGCAUUCCAUUUCCUAUUCAGUUUGAGUUAUCUGAAAUACUUUUGUUUAAUCUAUUUUUCAUCUUAUUGUUAUUGAAGUGGUUUAACAUGGAAAGCGCCUCAAGGAGGAAAUGUGCAUGCAGUUGGACCACUAGUCUCAGCUGACACAGAUGUGUGCAUGCAUCAAUACUUCUACAGUACAAUUCAUACAGAUCAAAAAGGGCCUUUUUAAAUCACCAAAGCUCCAUGUUGAAGUGUCUGUCAGGACAUUUUAUACAUGGAUGUUAUUUCAACUAUAUCUAACAAAAUUACUUUAAAAGCAGAAAUGCCAUUAAGCAGCUUUGUCAAUAGUUCCUGUAAAAUGCCCCAUAAAUUUUACUUUCCGUGCAAGUCUCUUGUGUACUUGUAUUUUCAUUAGAACGAUAGCUGAGUCAUAAGGCUAGUAUAGAAAGGUCCAAUUGUUUCAUAAACCAGUUUUGGGAUGGGAUACAUUCCAUUAUAUUGUAUAUAUAGUUCAAAUUGUAUAUUAACAACUGCCCCAUCUGAGUAUUUUGCAAGAUCUACUUAGUUGUACACCUGAUGCCCCUUAUUUGCUGCCAGCCAUUGCCACUUGAUGGAAGGAGCGGCCUCCUGCCAAGAGCAUGUGUGUGAAAGCUGUUUGUUUCCAGUGUCUGCAGUUUGCCAUCCAGGUGUUCUCAGUCUAUGCAUUGCCUUUGAUAAUUAGUGUACGGCAAGAGACCGCUUUCUAUCAUUGUUUGUAUGUCUGCCCCCCGGCCCCAUAUGGAAGAGGCUCGUGACCAGUACAAAUCUUGAGUGCGGUUUUUAAUUUUGUACACAAAUUAAUGUUUGUCUCUUAAACCUCGUAAUCUAUUUUACACUUUAAAAACAAAAGAGCCGGUCCUAGCAGGUGUUGCAUGUAAAUGGUUAGCAAGUAAUGACUGCAGUUCAGAUGACUAAGAUUUCUGUAAUGGGACGCUCUGCCAUUUUUUUUUUUUAUAUAUACAAUGCUGCUGAUUAGCACACUAUUGUAAAAAAAAUAUAAAACUUUGGCUUUUUAAAAUGAUUGCCUCUGCCACUGCUUGUUAUCUCCCAUUGUUUUACAGUGUAAAUAUUACGCAUUGAAAAAAUUAAGCAUUGAUUUAUAUAUUUUUUUUCUCCAUAACAAUACAGAUUUAUAGUGGGGCUUACAGGUGUUUAGAAACUUUUUUUGGUUAAUAUCCAGAGCAAGAAUACUAGAUGGUGUAUAACUGUAGAGUUGAAAUUUAAGGGAUCCCUUAAUCUGUAUACUAGCUUUUUACCUACAGUAAAUAAACUAUGAUCUUGAAAGUGCCUGAAACAGAGCGAGCAUGUCAUUUUUAUUUUUUUGUUGCUGAUUAGAAAGGUUUUAUUGCUUAACUGAAAGCUUUAGUUAAUAUCCUUCUUAUUAGAAAGGGAGAGUUUAUAUUGAGUAGAUGAAACUGACUGGAUCAGCAGUGUUGCUCAGAUCUGCAGGGUUCAUGGCUUGUGAGCGUGCGGCCGCGCCUGCCACGGGCAGGCCUCUUCUGGCUUGAGCACAACUGUACAGCCUCAUCUGUGACUGGACUUUCAAUUUUGCACUUGGUUUUCAAUCAUUUAGGUGCUUAAGUAGUUGACUUUAAAAUACGACUUAAAUUCAUCAUACCUAUAUAACCUUUUUUUAAUAAAGGGUUUUUAAAAUGCGAUCCUUAACAUUUAAUGGCACACUGUUCUUUCGGUUCUUAAAUGCUGUUUCUUUAGAAAUAUAUAUUGCGAGAUACUUCGAACUCUGGUUUACAAAUGAAAAGACAGUGUUCUCUCAGUUGUAAGAUGCUAUGUUAAAAACUUUGAGGAGCUUGGGCAUGAACUUUGGACAUUUUCUUUCAAACAUUUCAAAACAUGAUUUCUUUAGGUGGAGGGAAAAUGAAAGUUGCCGUGUUGCUCUUACAUUUCACAGCUUAUAGAAUACUUUCUGUACAGUAUAUGCUAACUCACUGCUUUCGUGGCCUCCCGCUCCUGUGGUCUGUUCUCUCAUUUUCUGUUAGGUGAAAAGGCCAGAAAAAUAGCAGAGUAUUCAGGAGCAGGUUAAGUGCACAAAACUUUGAAAGUCUAAGCUACUUGAAACAUGCUUCAGACUUGAAGUAUCUUUCAUAGUCUAUUUUCUGUCCUCCUGUCCUUCAUUCUGUGAGUAUUUUCCAUGUUCCUCUGGGUUUCAUGGUAGGUUGUGGAGGAUAUUGGGGAUAUUUGUGGAGUCUGUUUGUCACCAUUACAGCCAGCUUGGUUUAAAAUAAGUCACUAUUUAAUCCCCUCCAGAAAGAGGUUGGGUGUUUUCCUUUUUUUUACCCCCCCCUCCCCCCUUUCUUUUUUUCUCUCACAUAGAAGAUAACGUCCUACAUUAUUUAUCAGCUUUAUUUUGCUGAAAGAUAGAAACUCUAUCUGUGAUGGGGAGGGUUUGUACCUGGUGCAUCAGAGAACUUUGGUUUAAGUAAUGAAGGUUUUGUGAAGAGCAACGGUGUCUUUUACUAGGCCACGUGGUGUAAGCAGGGGGGAGAUGAGGUUUUGGAGUCCUGAGUCCUAUGUUGUGCUUUAAAAAACCCAAAGCCUCAUGAGUACUACUAGGCCUUCUGUCUAACGAGGAAGGUAAGUUUGGUAGGGACUGAUUUAGCAAACAUCCUUGCCUUCGUUGCUAUCUCAGGUUCUAAUAAAAUGGUUGAAGAUGGGAGACUGCUCUGUUCUGUUGAGAUUCAGGUGCUCCUCUUCUUGUUGGCUGCUGCUGCAGCUCAUGGAGACCUGGGGUUAAGACACUUGGCUGGUCUGAGUCCUCAGCUCUCAGUGUCUGCUUAGAGUGAAGACUCUCUCCAUAGCCUAAACUUGAACGUGGACCUCAAGGGGGAACAUACGUUAUUGAGAAACAUGUUCUUCAAGUUAAUGUCAAAAGCAGAAUUUUGAAAGUUGAAUCCCAAAGAGUACGUACACAUAGUUUUACAGUCCUUGAGAUUUACAUCCUCCUCUCCUGUGCUUCCAGAGAUGAAGUUACAGUGCCCCCGUAUGGGAUGCUGGUGAAACCUGUGUGCCAUACGCAAUGCUUUUGAUGCGAAAAUUGCAUAAAUUGGCCAUGAAAAGCUGGUGACUGAGUGGUCACAUGUUCAUGCCCAUCUCUCCUACAAAGUCAAGAUAUGUAUUGACUAAUGUGUUCUCUGUGAACUGGACUGAAUCUGUACUGAAACAAAAUAAAGCACCCUUUCAAGCUA